UCACAGUCAAAACGUAGCGACAUAAUCUCAAAUCCACUAUCAAUGGUCAACUUACUUCAUGUACGGACGCUUGUUAGACAACAUCAAAGCUCUCCAGUUAAGCUCGCCGUACUCGAUCGCGCCUGAAAACUUUUUUUGGUUUCCGGACGGGUUGAAUGGUAAAAUUUUUUCUGCAAUUUUGUGAAUCCGGUAAUAUUUUUGUGAAGGGUGCAUUUUGAAAUUUGUUGCGAUGUCGAAAGAAACUUUGGAGAUGAACAAUUUGGAGAAAGGGAAGGCGAACAGCGUGGAAACCGUCAAAGAACCCACAGGAUGGUUUGGUGCCAGACACCUUCAAGUCCUCUUAAACUUCCUUCUAGUUUUCAUUGCCUAUGGUAUCAGAGUCAACCUAUCUGUAGGAAUAGUUGCAAUGACUGACCCUAAAGCUAGUCCAAACCCAGAAGUGCCAACAUAUCCAGAAUGGCACGACAAAAGUAUAGCUCUCUCAUCAUUCUUCUGGGGUUAUAUAAUCCCCCAAAUCGGAGCGGGAAUGCUAGCCAAUAAAUAUGGUCCUAAGUGGUUCUUAGUGAUCACAAUGUUCGUAUGCUCAUUGUUUAGCGUACUUAUCCCUCCGAUGGCCGAUUUGUUCGGUUCUAAAGGUGUGAUGGUGUGUAGAGCUAUUCAAGGCUUCUCGCAAGGUUUCAUCUUUCCAUCCAUUCACAAUUUGCUCAGCAAAUGGGUUCCUGCAUCGGAACGGUCACGGAUGGGCUCCUUUGUAUAUGCAGGCGGCUCAUUGGGCUCGGUGAUCUCGAUGAUCGUGUCAGGAAUCAUGGCAAGCAGUUGGUACGGUUGGCCGAUAAUCUUUUAUUCUUACGGAGGCAUCGGCAUAAGUUGGGCUAUUCUGAUGGCAAUUUAUGGCUCAAACAGUCCAGCGGAACACAAAACCAUAUCGCCGGAAGAAAGAAAAUUCAUUGAGCAUAGUCUUGGCCAUGAGGGCGAGAAGAAGACUAUCGAGACUCCUUGGUCGAAAAUUUUGACGUCCUUACCAGUUUGGGCGGUUUUGGUGGCACAUUGCGGUCAAAACUGGGGCUUCUGGACUUUAAUCACAGAAAUUCCUUCCUACAUGGGACACGUGAUGAAAUUCGAUAUCAAAUCUAACAGUUUGCUCUCAGCCUUGCCCUAUUUUGUACUGUGGUUGUUGAGCUUCAUCUUCAGUGCCGUUGCUGACUUGCUGAUCGUCAGGAAUAUUUGCUCGAUUGGUGUUACCAGAAAAAUACUGAACACCAUUGGACUAUGUGUGCCAGCUAUUGCUCUAGUCUUCCUCGGACUAGGCACCGAAAGCACCAACGUUUCCAUCGCUUUGUUAGUAAUUGCCGUUAGUACAAAUUCAGCAAUUUACAGUGGAUUUAAUGUUAAUCAUAUCGAUUUAUCUCCGAAUCAUUCUGGAACUUUGAUGGGACUUACCAAUUGUGUUUCAAAUAUUUUCUCGCUUUUGGCUCCUUUGAUGGUACAAAUAGUUGUUAGUAAUGAGGAUGAUGCAAGCGAAUGGAGAAUAGUAUUCUUCAUUGCGGCUGCCGUUUAUGUUGGCGCUAAUACGUUCUUUGUCAUUUUUGGUCAAGGAGAAGUUCAGUCAUGGAAUGACUGUGAAGACACGGGAGAUAAUAAAGAAGAAAAAAUGGAAAAGUAUUCCAAAAGGCAGGUUUAAAAGUUCCUGAUUAUCUGUGAUAAUAUAGUUAGUUACCAGAACUGAAAACUCCACAUCGUUCUAUGAACACUAUAAAGUGAGACUACCCUGAUGUUUACUUACCUCGAAAUCCAAGAGUGUAGGUAUAUCACGUUUGAUAAGCGCUAUUUCACACAUUAAUAUUAUAUUUAUUAAAUGGAUGUAUAUUUUGUAAAUAAUAAAAUAUUAUAGAUA